UUUUUUUCGAUUUUUCACUGAUUCCCGAUUUUAAAAAAAUUUCCAGCUAAAAGAUUUAUUGCCGAUUAAGAUUUUUACAUAUUUGAUUGAAACCCUCAAGUAUCCCUGAUUUUGGUGAGACAUACGGGCUCUCCCUAGUCAGAAGAGUUUGUUUUGGUGGUAGAACUCCGGUUUGUGAAACCCUAGCGCACUAUUAUUUCUGGGCUGUACGCAUUCAUUGGGUUUGGAGACCAAAUUAGAGGAGAAUCUCAGUGCUGAAGACUCAGAUCUGGAAUCAUCGACAGCUGCAAACCCUCAAUUUUUGAGCACUUUGUGGACGGCUACUAAGGAGCACAUAAAAUAGACCUAGUAUCGACCAUUUUUGCAGCUUAGAGCCACUUUGAGGGUCGGCUAGGGUUUGGAAAUCAUUCUGAACCUGAGGCAAUCUCUGUUGAUAUUAAACAUUUUGAAGUGGGCAUUGAAGAAAUAUAUUGAACUAUUGCAAAUAUUCAGUCCAGCUUAUCAUGGGCACUGAAGUGGUCAAAAUGGGUAUUUUGGGUAACUCUGUUUGGAAUAGAAACUCAAGCAUCAUGCCACAAACACCACAAUCAAAUGGAGUUUCCUGUCAGAAGAAAUGUAGAAAAGGAGAAGAUGGCAGGGCCUAUCCAUCUUAUAGAUCUUUUAGUGUAAGAGCAAGAUUGGUUACUGGAAGAGUUCCAUCUUCUGGUCCAGCACAAUUAUCCAAGGCUGCUGAGACCAAGCACAACUUUGUGGAUCCUAGUUUGAGUGAACUUGAUCCUGAAAUAUAUGCAAUUAUUGAGCAAGAAAAGCAGCGCCAGUUUAAAGGCUUGGAACUUAUUGCUUCUGAGAAUUUUACAUCUCGGGCAGUGAUGGAAGCCGUGGGAUCAUGCCUAACAAAUAAGUAUUCAGAAGGCCUUCCUGGAAAGAGAUACUAUGGUGGCAAUGAAUUUAUUGAUCAAAGUGAGAGGCUUUGCCAGGGUAGGGCCUUGGCAGCAUUCUGUCUUGACAACAGUAAAUGGGGCGUUAAUGUUCAGCCAUUAUCUGGCUCCCCAGCUAACUUUGCUGUCUAUACUGCUCUUCUCCAUCCACAUGAUCGUAUAAUGGGCUUGGACCUACCACAUGGAGGGCAUCUGUCUCAUGGGUUCAUGACUGCAAAGAGACGAGUAUCUGCUACAUCUAUUUAUUUUGAAUCCAUGCCAUACCGUUUGGAUGAAUCCACAGGACUCAUUGAUUAUGAAAUGCUUGAGAAGACAGCUACCCUUUUUAGGCCAAAGCUCAUUAUUGCUGGUGCUAGUGCAUAUCCUCGAGACAUUGAUUAUCCUCGCUUCCGGCAGAUUGCAGAUUCAGUUGGGGCUUUCUUAAUGAUGGACAUGGCACAUAUAAGUGGACUGGUAGCUGCUUCUGUAAUGUCCAAUCCAUUUGAUUAUUGCGAUGUUGUGACAACGACGACACAUAAGUCUUUAAGAGGCCCUCGAGGAGGCAUGAUAUUCUUUAAGAAGGAGCCGGUGUUGGGCAUUGACCUUGAGACAGCUAUCAACAAUGCUGUUUUUCCAGGAUUACAGGGAGGACCGCAUAACCAUACUAUAGGAGGACUGGCUGUGUGUUUGAAGCAAGCUGUAACCCCAGAGUUUAAGGCAUAUCAACUACAGGUUGUAGCAAAUUGUCGAGCCCUUGCAAAGAGACUCUUGGAUCUGGGUUACACAUUGGUGUCGGGUGGGAGUGACAAUCACCUUGUCCUUCUCGAUUUGAGACCCUUGGGCAUAGACGGUGCAAGAGCAGAAAAGGUUUUGGAUGCCUCUUCAAUUACGCUGAACAAGAAUUCUGUACCAGGUGAUAAAAGUGCUAUGGUUCCAGGUGGUAUUCGUAUUGGGACCCCCGCCUUGACUACCCGAGGGCUUCUUGAGGGUGACUUUAUUAGAGUUGCAGAUUUAAUACACGAGGGAAUACAAAUAGGAAUUAAGGUGAAGGGUUCAGUGCAAGGUACAAAAUUGAAAGACUUCACAGAAUUCAUUGAGUCGGAUGACUUUAAACAACGAAGUGACAUAUCUGAUCUUAAAAGGCAAGUUGAAUCAUUUGCUAGCCAAUUUCCAUUACCUGGUGUCGGCACUGAAAGCCUUCAAUAGGGGUUAUUAAGUACUUAGUAUUUAUAGUCUGACAGAUGCUAUUUUAUGAGAAAAGAAAGGUUGUUUCUUGCGGAUAAUAGAGGUUUGCCGGACAGGAUUGGUACCUUAUGUAUACAAAUGGGAAAUGCUGGGAUCUAUAUUGUUCCUCAUUUUAGUUUUAAGAACCAUGAUACAUAAGUGAUGCAUGCCAAUUUUCUGUCAUCUAUUUUGGCAAACGAUUUAAAUUUUGUAUGGAUUCUCUGCUAAUAUUAUUACAUCUUUUCCCCGUUUCA